AGAAACGCAGGGGAGGCUGAGGCUGUUGGCUGGAGGACACAGCAGAGAGUGUGAGAUAUACCGCUUCGUUUUUGGACUUAAAAAAAAAAAAAAAAAAAAAAGAGUUCACACAUACAUAUAUUUUUUGUUGUUUCUUGCUUGGGGUAAAGUACUUUUUUUUUGGAAUAUGGUGGGGGAAAUGGAAACGAAGGAGAAGCCGAAGCCGACCCCAGACUAUUUGAUGCAGCUCAUGAAUGAUAGGAAGCUGAUGAGCAGUCUGCCAAACUUCUGUGGGAUUUUCAAUCACCUCGAAAGGCUUUUGGAUGAAGAAAUAAGCAGAGUGCGGAAGGACAUGUACAACGACACAUUAAAUGGCAGCACAGAGAAGAGAAGCUCAGAAUUACCUGAUGCUGUGGGGGCCAUUGUACAGUUACAAGAAAAACUUUACGUGCCUGUAAAAGAAUUUCCAGACUUCAAUUUUGUUGGAAGAAUCCUUGGGCCCAGAGGACUAACAGCAAAGCAGCUGGAAGCAGAGACGGGAUGUAAGAUCAUGGUCCGAGGCAAGGGCUCAAUGAGGGACAAAAAAAAGGAAGAACAAAACAGAGGCAAGCCCAACUGGGAGCAUCUGAACGAAGACCUGCAUGUAUUAAUCACCGUGGAAGAUGCUCAGAACAGAGCGGAAAUCAAACUGAAAAGAGCCGUAGAGGAAGUCAAAAAGUUAUUGGUACCAGCAGCGGAGGGUGAAGAUAGCCUUAAAAAGAUGCAGCUGAUGGAGCUUGCAAUUCUCAACGGCACAUACAGAGACGCCAACCUCAAAUCACCUGCCCUUGGCUUUUCUCUUGCAGCAACGACCCAGGCUCCUCGGAUCAUUACAGGGCCCACGCAGGUUCUCCCGCCCGCAGCCCUGCGCACCCCCACACCAGCCGGCCCGACCAUAAUGCCUUUGAUUAGACAGAUUCAGACAGCUGUCAUGCCAAACGGAAGCCCUCACCCGACUGCUACCCUAGUCCCUCAGGGACCAGAGGCAGGACUAAUCUACACACCCUACGAAUACCCAUACACACUGGCACCAGCGACAUCCAUCCUGGAGUACCCCAUCGACCAUAGUGGAGUAUUAGGUGCAGUGGCUACUAAAGUUCGAAGGCACGAUAUGCGGGUCCAUCCUUACCAAAGGAUUGUGACCGCAGACAGAGCCGCCACCGGCAACUAACCUAUGACCUUCUGACCUCUGAACUCUUCACCCAAUGAUGACCUGACCUUUGCUGGCUGCUGCUCAGUUAACUGGUAAAUGCCUUUGCUUGAGAAAAACGCAAAAACAGAGACAGACAUUCAAAACAAGUCCAACUUGUCAGCUUUGUUUUCUGGUUGGGUGAUAGUGGUUCUGGACCCCUGCACUGAAUAGAAGUAAAGCAAUAAGGUCCAAUUCAUUCCCUCAGCAUUGCUCAUCAUUGUGUGGCCAAUCCCCCACUCCAGACACAUGUAGAAGGAUGGGAGCCACUGGUCAUUUCUUUCUCUCAGAGGCAGUUACUGUGAGACAACGAUGGAACACUUCAGCUCAUGGUGAUGUCAUAAUCUCUGAAUGUAUCGUGUUGCAAUGGUGCAUCAUGCAUGAACCUUUUAUCAGUAAUUCCAUUGGUGGAAACUCUUUUUGUUUUGUUUUUUCCAAGUAUUAAAAAUUUGAGUAUUCAGUAUUGCUGCCCUCACAGGUAAAACAAAAAAGAAAGAAGAAAUAUUUGGACGUUGCCUGCCUCUUCCUGAAAUGUAUUGAGUGCCAUUACUGAACUAAAUGUAUGAAUACAUAAAUGCACCGAUAUUGUAAUGGGAGGAAAGUAGCUUUAAAACAUGGAGGUGUUGUGACAGCAAAGGUACAUGCAUUAUGUGUCUCAUUACUGGGCAAAGUGUUUUCUUAAAAAAAAAUCCUUGUAUAGAUUUGAUUUCUCUAAGGAUGUAAAAGCCAUGCUUGCCUAUUUGCUGUACACAUGUAUUGAAAUUGUAGAUAAAUGUAUUGCAUUGAGAAACAAAAACA